CCUGCGUAUCGAGCAGCGGGCCGGGCCGGGCGCCGGGUUCCUGCUUGCCGCGGGCAUGGCCACGGCGCGGCUGGCUGCGCUGCUCCUGCGGCGGGGAGCCCCGGCGGGCAGCGCCCUGCACACAGGGGUGCCCUCUGCAUCCUGCAGGCUGACCAGCAGCUAUGUCCAAGGGACCUUAGACAUUCCCCUUCUCACCAAAACCAUGGGCCAGUGCCUGGAUGAGACCGCCGAGCGGUUUCCUGACCGCGACGCCUUGGUCUUCUGCCGAGAUGGGGUUCGGAAAACGUUUGCUCAGUUCAAGGAGGAGGUGGACCAGGCAGCAGCUGGGCUUCUGGCUCUUGGCCUGAAGAAGGGAGACCGGCUGGGAAUGUGGGGUCCCAAUAAAUACGAGUGGGUUCUGAUGCAGUUUGCAACUGCCCAGGCAGGAAUCAUCCUGGUGUCUGUGAAUCCAGCCUACCAGGCCCUCGAGCUGGAGUUUGUCAUCAGGAAGGUUGGCUGUAAGGCACUGGUGUUUCCCACUCAAUUUAAAACACAGAAAUACUAUGACAUUCUAAAGCAGUCGUGUCCUGAGCUAGAAAAAUCCACUCCAGGAGGAAUAAAGAGCAAGAGGCUACCUAACUUGUCCGUUGUCAUCACCAUGGACUCCAAGCUGCCUGGCACCUUCCACAUGGAUGAAGUGAUGCAGGCUGGGGACAGCAGCCAUAUGAAGCAGUUAAGAGCCGUGCAGCAGACCCUGGCCUGCAAUGAGCCCAUCAACAUCCAGUUUACUUCAGGGACGACGGGAAGCCCCAAAGGAGCCACGCUCUCCCACAGGAACAUUGUGAAUAAUGCCAAUCUGAUCGGUCUGAGGCUGGGGAUCACAGAGCAGGACUACCGCGUUGGCCUCCCCGCCCCCCUCUACCAUUGCCUGGCGUCGGUAGGAGGCUGCAUGGUGAUGGCUCUGCACGGGUCCUCCUGCAUCUUCUCAUCGCCGAGCUUCGAGGGGAAGGCUGCUCUGGAGGCAGUGUCCCAAGAGAAAUGCUCCUUCCUACACGGCACGCCAACCAUGUUUAUAGACAUGCUCUCCCAGCCAGACUUUGACUCCUACGACCUGUCAUCUCUCCGGGGAGGUAAGUCUGACAGCUCAAAUGGAAAAAUCCUGAGAAACUGGAUAUUACUGGCUCCCUGCUGGGAGGCUGUAUUGAGCUUUGUGAGCAAAUCGCUCUUCUGGAGGGAAGAGUUUUGUUGCACGAGCCUUGUGUUUCACUGCUACGUUUCCUUUCCUUGGGGUUUCCUUCAAGAAUUAUGCAUUUUUAAUAUUUCUUUCAUCUUAAAGCAGAUUGGGGAAGGACCUUUCUGUUCUAUUGGCUACAGUAGGGAGCUGAACUUGCUCAACUCUGGUCUCACCAGCCACCACCGUGCGGCAGCAGAUGCUUUGUGUGCUUUGGGCUGGUGCAGUCCCUAAAGCAGAGCUGUGCUGGGAUUGCGUCUGACCUGAAGUUUCCUGUCUGGUUUUUGAAGUCAUUCAUCCAAGUACUGGAGAGGGUGUGAUAACGCAUGCUGGAGCUUUCUUGUCGCGGACAGCCUUGGAAAUAGCCGAGCUGAAACGGGGAGACCGCCAGCCCCUUUGAGGUGAUGGCAACACAGAGAGAAGAUGGUGCUGGAGCAUAAAGAAACAUUUAACCAGAUUACCUAAUCGUUUCUGAUAUGUGAAAAAUGAUCCUGUCUCUUUUUGUUCCCCAGCAAAGCCUAUAUGUUACCCCGCUCUUUUGCUCUGUCAUCCUAGGAUGGAACAGGUGAAAAAUGUGAUCUGCCCUCUCCCAAAAGGGCUGGUUUGUGCAAGGCAGGGGAAAGGCUUUUGGUUCUAUGGGAGUGUUUGUCCUGCUAAAAAUCUGUGCCUUUUUCUGCUCUCAAUCUUUCCUUUUUGGGAACUGCAGCUUGGACUCGGUUUCUGCUAUAGAGUUUAUUUUCCUAACUAGUGAACUCUGCCAACUCUUAAUUCAUUCAGGCAAACUGGCCUUGCUGCAGCCUUUGCUUCUAGAAUAACUAGGACCUGUAUCCAUAAAAAUAGAAAGGAUUUUGACAGGAACCGGUGUAUCCCAAAGGUCUUGCCAGCAUUUAAAUCUGGGAGUGCAGAACCUUCUGAGGGACCGCUCCUGGGACUAAAUAGAUGACUUCCAAGAUGGUCAUCUUUUCUUCUUCUUCCAGGAGUCAUUGCAGGUUCUCCUGUUCCCCCUGAGAUUAUGAAGAUGAUUAUCACCAAGAUGCACAUGCCAGAGGUUGUGGUAAGUCACGGUUGCUGUAACUAGAGCUACAAGUGCUCUUUGUCGUGGUGAGACCCUGAGUUUGGGCAUCUCUGCACCGCAGCACCCAGCGGUGCUGGAGCUGCUGGGACCAGGCGCGAUGGGACUGUGGGUGUGAGGCCAAGCUGAGGAGUGAAGGUCUAGAGGGGCUGGGAGGAAGAAAGGGGAUUCUGCCUGGUUGCUGGUGGGGUGUCUGGGGAGGAAGUUUUGUAAGAAGAGAAGACGUUGCAUUCAGUGUCGUAAACUGAGCUUCUGCUGGUGCGUUUCAAAGCUUAUAAACCCUUCUGUUGUACAUGCUGCAAGGAUGGAUGGUCACGGAAGAGGCGUUGCUGGUUUGUAUCAGUGUGGGCGGCUGCACACGUUCGUUUUGCUGCCGAGCUGUCGGAUUUCUUUCCCCAUCCUGGACCGCAUGCAGAUAUAACACCCUGUCGCGUGCUACGCGUUCGAGUCUGAACGUGGGAAUGGUGCCAUCCACGCGUGCAGCACCAGGCAUUGCGUUGCCAGAGGGGCGGCACGUGUCGGAACACGUAUGCUGCUGCUCCAUCAUGCGUCCCCUCACCCUCGGCCUGUGCAAGAGUAUCAGCAUGUCCUGCGUGUGGAGGGGGACAGGCCACCACCGAGCGGGACGCUGGCACUCCAGGCGACGCGUUUC